UGUUGUUGCUCGGGCCGUGCACCACGCUCCAACCAGCAUCUGCAGCUUGGUCCGUCUCUGGGCUUUGUAUCUCAGUCGGACCACUUCCGUCACUGCAGCGAGGUGGGCAACCGAUUACGCGUGUCGGACAGCAUAUUAUGUGAGAGAUGUUACGAAGCGGGUCACCGCGUAAGGCGCGCAAUCCACGCAAUCAUAAAUCAGCAAUCGCUACCAACCGCAAACCGCACCAAAUACCAAACCUUUGCUCAGCCAAUACUAUAGAGCGGGAGCACCAGCCCCAUAGCAAGGCCAGCUGUACUGAAACACCGCGUAAUAGGCGUUCUGCAGGUCCAACAGACAGGCAAAAUGGGUUCCAUCGCCGCGAUUCCAGAUCCAACGCCAUUCCACCACUGGCUGAAGCAGAAUAGUAGUCUCUUGCAACCACCAGUGAACAACUUCUGCCUACAUGCUGGCAAUGACAUGAUCCUCAUGGUCGUAGGGGGACCGAACGCCCGGAAUGAUUUCCACGUCAACGAGACCGAGGAAUGGUUUUACCAGAUCAAAGGCAGCAUGCUGCUCCGCAUAGUCGAGAACGACGAGUUUCGAGACCUCCAUAUCCACGAGGGUGACACCUUCUUACUUCCUGGAAACACACCACACUCGCCGAUCCGAUUCGCCGACACUGUAGGAAUGGUGAUGGAGCGGUCACGACCCAAAGACAGCGUCGAUCGAUUGCGAUGGUAUUGCUCGAAAGGCGGACACAAGCGGCCCACUCUGAUCAGAGAGGAGGUCUUCCAUUGCACAGAUCUUGGCACGCAACUGAAGCCUCUAAUUGAGCGAUGGCAGCAGGAUGAGGAGGGCCGAAGGUGUCUAGAAUGCGGCGAGAUCGAAGAUGCCCAGUUGAUACUGAACAAUUGAUGAUACCUGAUGAUGACAUGCAAGUUACUUUCACAUACAGUCAGGAAAAACUCACUUACCGCAGAAGCUUCCAGCACAUUUGGCGUAGCUGCUCAGUGCCGUUGGUGCGCGUCUCGAUCUGACAAGCUCUGUUCCGAGGACCGUGAGGAGACGAUGGGUUCGGAGGCUCUAGAGGCAGCAAGAUGAUAAUCGCCUUUGCUCCGACAAAGAGGAUCGAGAUCAUGUGAUGCGUGACUCCUCAGAGAAAUGCUUGCAAGAGG